ACCGCAUGCAGCUCUGCUUCCAGUGUCCACCAUCUUUGCCGAAGUUGCCACAAAAGUAAAAUCGUGACGAAUAAAACUACCCGAUCUCGCGAAAAAUAAGUGUUGACUAUUGUGGAAAAAACGCAGAGCGAAAGGCCGCCAAAAAAGCAGGAGAGGAUUGCACUCCAGCUGGUCAGGGCAGAAGAUUGCGAUUGCGAUUCCGAAUCGGAUUCCAGCGUAGCGACAGAGGCAGAGAGAGCGUGUCGAAGGGGAAGAGGAGCGGAGAGUGGGAACGGGAGUGGAAGUGGAAAGAGGAGCUGUCAGCCGGACGAAAAAAAAAAAAAAACAAGCCUGUCAGAUCAGCCGAAAACCAGGAGCAGGAAACAAGGACCUACAUACCCAAUCCGCCUUACAGCCCCACAAUCGCCAGCAAAAUGAACGCCAAGCGUGUCAAGUACUCCACGGUCAAGGAGGAAUUCGUGCCCGUGCUAAUCCAACACGAUCCCAAUGUCGAGGAGGAGGAGCCCGAGGAUCAGGAGCACGAGCACGAGGACGACGGCCAGGAGACGCAGUACACGUAUGCCUACACCACCACCGAGGACGAUGACACCGAGACGGCGGUGGUGACGCUCAGCGAUCGGGAGCAUGAGGCACUGGCCAAUGCCCAGGAGGUGAUCAUCGACGAGAAUGGCCAUGCGGUGACCCUGCAGCAGCUGGUGGAGAACAGCACCGUCGAGGAGGUGGAGACCAUCGAUCAGGGCGAUGGCACCCACACCAUCCUCCACAUAGUGCCCAAUAUCCAUGGCCAGCACGAGGAGGACGAGGAGGAGCCCGAGGAGGAGGAGGAACUGGAGGAGGGCGAGGAACUGGAGCACGACCACGAGGAUGAUGAGAUCGUGACCGUGGAGCACGAGGAGGGCGAGGUGGACGAGGACGACGACGACGUUGGCUCCAUUGUCUUCGAGAGCACCAUCGACCAGGCCGAACAGGAUCCGCAUGCCCGCAACAAGACGUUCUAUUGCCCCAAUUGCGGCAACUGCUACAGUGCCGCCGGUUCCCUGAAGCUCCACAUGCGCGCCUGCCUGCGCCAAAGGAACGAGGUCUCCGCCGAGGAUCGCAAGUGCAAGGUGUGCAGCAAGGUCUUCAAUUCGGUGGCCUACCUCAAGGAGCACAUCAUGCGGCACACGGGCGAGCAACCGUUCCGCUGCACCCGCUGCUAUCGCAAGUUCGUGGACGAGGGCAAGUACGCCGCCCACAUGGAGUCGCACAAGCAUCAGGACAAGCUGGAGGCCGAGGCGGUCGCCUUGGCCGCCCAACACGGCGGCAAGAAGGUGGUGGUCAAGGAGUUCCAGUGCGCCUUCUGCACCCAAAACUUUACGGUGGUCUUCGAUGUGGGCCAGGUGAAGCGACGCUACGCCUGCGAUGCCUGCCGCGACAAGUACUCCAAUGCGGAGGCACUGCGUCAGCACAAGCAGCAGGUGGAGGAGAAGCGCGAGUUCAGCUGCGAGCGCUGCGGCAGGAAGUUCGUCUUCGAGGGCUUCCUGCAGCGCCAUUUGCCCACCUGCGAUGGCAGCAUCAAGCGGCGUCGCGACAUGAAGUAGAAGCGGCCGCAACGUGACGGCAACUGGCGGCGACGGCAGCAGCUUCCGACAGCGGAUUAGGACAAGCAGGAGGAGCGGAAGGAGCGGGAGUCGCCGCCGCCAGUGCGUUAUGUUGUUAUCAAGCAGAAGCAGGAGCGGAAGCAGGAGCAGGAACAGAUGUACGAUCAGAAGCAGGAGGAGCAUCGGAUGAUGAUCGCUCGAAAUCAUGAUUAGCCAGCCAGGACCACUUAAUUUAUGACAGGAAGGAGCAGCUGCUGGCCAUCUAUUCACACACAAAACAAAACACAACACCACACACACACACACACACGCUUUUAUUGGGGCCUCAACGUCAUCUUCCUUCAACCAAUUCCAAAGGAGAGCGUUUUUUUUUUUAUUUGUUUACCUAUAUCGGCGUUAAAAUAUGAGAGAUAAAUUGGAGGAAUGAUGAUCAGAUGAUCAGGCGGACGAUAGACGAUGGACGUUGGACACACACGGAUCACGAGCCUGGUCAAUGUAUAGAUAUAUAUUACUUACUUUUAAUUACGACUACUUAAUGAUAGAGCCCCAAAACACCCGCUAUUGUGUAAUAACCACAAACCGAAAUGCUGGCACACAAACGCGCGUCAAAUCGUUUAUGAAUUCAAUAAAAACACUAAACUUAUAAAUUUCGAAAGCGAUUAUUUUGAGUCUUUUCCAUUUUCAAAAGAUUUAUAUAUUGGUAUUUUAUAUUGAAGAAGAUAUAUAUAGCAAUUUAGUCUAUGAAAAAAAAUUUGCUUACUUUUGUCUCUCUGAUGUUAACAAAAUAAAUUGUUUGUAAACAUUCUUAAUAAUAAUGUAAAAACGUAAAUACUUAAACUUUUUUGAUCGUCUAGUUCAUAAAUGUUGUUGUAAACUUUAGUUGUGUAUGUUUACUUCUCAUUAAAUUUUUAAAUAAUAAUCUCGCACUGCAAAUCGA